GCAAAAAAUAGUAGUCUUUCUUCUAGCAAUGUAUAAGGUGCCGCUAUUUUUUUUGAAUAUAAAGAUAAACUUGACAAAAAAUACAAUAUUAUUUAACAUUUUAAUCUUACCUUUUAAACGUUUAUGUAAACGCUUGGCAUGUAUAUCUUCAAUAUAAAAAUUAUAAAAUUAUAAAUUAGAAAGAAGAUCUUCUGACGUGUAUAAAAUUUAAGACAGAGCACGUUUGUUAAACGAUACCAACAUUUUUCGUGGUAGAACUCGAGUAUGGGCACGUCUGCGUUCAUUGUUCUCUUCUUGUCAAUAUUAUAUUACAUGGUACGUGUCUGAUAUUUGAUGAUAAUCCGUAAUAUACGCCAUCAUUUUAUAAUUUAUUAUGAUUAGGAUUUGAUAAUUGUAAAGAAUACAUUUUUUUUUUCUGUGAAGCAUUACGAUGACGCAUUUAUAAAAGUUCUGGUUCUGUAUAAAUGUAAUAGUUGAGCAUUUGUCGUGCGAAAUGUUAGUCGUACGGUAGUAAAAGAUUUUUCGACGGUUUUAUAAAACUUUUAUGUGUUAAAACGAAAUAAGAAACACUAUAGAAGAUAUUGUAGUCAAAAUGAAAAUAAUUUUUUUACAUUUUCUCUUUAUUCACAUUUUUGUUAAUUCGACCGCAUUUAGGAAGAAUAAUAUACUACAAAAUUUCAAUAUGUUUAACAAAAUUUUAUCUAACGAUCGAUAUGCAACUAAUGGAAAAUAUAAUCCGGACAUUGAUCUCAACACUGGGCACAUAAUACGAAGAUAUGGUUAUCCUUCUGAGGCACAUUAUAUAUCGACAGAGGAUGGUUAUUUUUUGACGCUACAUCGAAUUCCGGGCAAAUCUAAAUCAUCCCCCGUUUUGUUGCAACACGGUUUAUUUUGUAGUUCUGCUCAUUGGGUAUUCACCGGUCCAAAGAAUUCUCUUGCUUUUGUAUUAGCUGAUCAUGGGUAUGACGUAUGGCUUGGUAAUUAUCGCGGUAACAUUUAUUCAAAAGCACACAAGUAUUUGUCAACGUCAGAUUCUAAAUUUUGGGAAUUUAGUGUUCACGAACAUGGUAUAUAUGAUAUACCAGCAAUGAUAUCAUACAUUACAAGAUUAACAAAAAAUAAUGUAACUUAUAUUGGUCAUUCUAUGGGAUCAACAGGAUUUUAUAUAAUGUCCAUUCUAAGACCAAACAUUGCUAGUAGAGUUCAGUUAAUGUUUAGUCUUGCUCCAGUUGCUUACAUGAAUCAUUUAAAUAGUCCUAUAAAUAUUAUAACUCCUAUUACAUCUAAUUUGUCGAUGAUGUUACAUUACUUCGGUGAAGGUGAGGUAUUUCCAUUAAACAAUGCAGUAAUGUUUUUUUCAAGAUAUUUUUGCAAUAGUGGUGCAAUAGCACAUAAAGUGUGCAGUAUAGUAUUAAACAUGCUUAGUGGAUUCGAUAAAUCUCAAUUUAACGAUACAUUACUACCUGUAAUUUUUGGUCAUACUCCUGCUGGUACGUCAUACAAGGUAAUAAAUCAUUAUAAUCAAGAGAUAUUUUCUGGAAAAUUUCGGCAAUACGAUUACGGAUCGGAGCAAAAUCUAAAAGUUUAUAAUAGCACAGAACCACCUGAUUAUGACACAUCUAAAAUUUCGGUACCUAUGGUAUUAUAUUACGCCGAAAAUGAUUUUUUGUCGGAUGUUACGGAUGUUCUUAAAUUAUCGAAGGAAUUGAAAUAUCUCGUGGAUAAUUAUAAGAUACCAUUUAAAAAAUUUACUCAUUUGGAUUUUCUGUUUGCACCCCAAGCACCACAAUUAUUUCAUAAAAGAUUACUUCAGACAAUGAAAAAGUUUGUAACAUAAAGUUUCCGAUUGAUAUUAAAUUUUUGCAGAUUUAAAUAAUUAUAAUGUUUUUGUGUCAAUAUCUAUUGGAUAUGUUAAUAAAGUUAA